UUUAAGUCUUUGGGUUUCUUUUGGUUGUUUUUGUAUGGCUGCAUUUCUUCUUUUCUUUUAAAAAUGGGAAAUAAACGUAAAAAUCAAACAGAAAUUGAAGAGGAAACGAAAAAGCUGAAAAUUUGUGAAAAUAAAAAAGAAAAUGUAGAAAUUUGUAAAAGAGUGCCUCCACAUCCAAUUUGGGCCGCAAAUGAUGUUUGUGUGACUAGAAAAACCCAUUUAAUCGCUCAAUUAAAAAAAUGCAAACAUCUAUUGGACAGAAAAUUCGAUUUUGUAAAAAUUCAUGCAUUGGGCAAAGCGAUCAACCAAGCAUUAUGUUUAGCUCUAAAAAUCGAGGAAGAAAUGCAUAAUUCAAUUAGUGUUAACAUUUUGACUGGGACUGUUGAGGUAACAGACGAUUUAAUUUCUUUGUUGGAUGCGGAUGAUAUGAAUAUUAAACAACGUCAAGUUUCUGCUGUUAAAAUUUUGUCAUUUAUCCGCCUUUCUCUUCAACAUUUUACAAGAACAAAAUCCACCUUUUCAACCUCCCCAGCCCCACAAAUAGCAAUUAUUGGCUCUGGACCUUCAGGCCUUUAUGUUUGUUCUAGAUUACUUCAAAGAUUUGAAAAUUGUUUUAUUGAUAUUUUUGACAAAGCACAGGCACCUUUUGGAUUGAUAUAUUAUGGAGUAGCUCCAGACCACUUUGAUAUGAAAAAAAGUAUGACUGGAUUUGAAAAAAUGUUUGAAGAAAAUAGGGAAAGAUUGGAACUUUUUUGUAAUGUGGAUGCUAAUAAAGAUGUUAAUUUUGAGGAAUUAUGUUCUACUUAUGAUGCUGUUGUUUUAGCCUAUGGAGCUAAUAAACCGAGAAAAUUGGGAUUGGAAAAUGAAUAUGGAAAUAAUUGCUUUUCUGGGGGAGAAUUUGUUUCUUGGUACAAUGGAAUGUCCCAACAAUACAUAAAAAAUAUACCAAGAUUGGAUACAGGAAGUAAUGCAGUAGUUAUAGGAAAUGGAAAUGUAGCAAUUGAUUGUUCUCGAAUUUUGCUUUCUUCUCCAGAAAGAUUAAAACAAACAGAUAUAACAGAAAAUGCUUUGAAUGCUUUGAGAAAGUCAAAAAUUAAAAAUGUUUAUAUUAUUGGAAGGAGAGGGCCUAAAGAGAUUUCCUUUACAAUAAAAGAAUUGAGAGAAUUAUUAAAUUUAGAAGGUGUCAAUUCUCAUUGUUUAAUAGAUUCAAAUUUAAAAGAAAAAUUGGAACAAGAAUUAAAUUUAAUGGAAAGACCUAGAAGAAGAAUUGUUGAAUUAAUGCUGAAUUUUGCUGAAGAAAAAAGGCCCACUCCAAAUCAAAAAUCAUUAAAAUUGCUAUUUAAUUCUCGUCCAACAAAAGUUGAAUUAAAUAACAAAAAUGACUCAAUAAAUGCUUUAUAUAUUCAAAACAAUUUGGAUAAUUUAAUAGAAAAAAUUGAAUGUUCUCUGUUAAUUGUAGCUAUUGGAUUUGAAAAUAUUUUAUUAAAUGGAUUACCUAAAAAUGAAAAUGGACAAUUAAAAAUGAUUGAUUGGUGUAGAGUACCUAAUGAAAAUUCUUUGGUUUAUGCAACCGGUUGGUGUUCCCACGCCGCUAGAGGCCUAAUUGCUGAUAGUCAACAACAGGCAUAUUCUGUGGCUGACCAAAUCUUUGAAGAUUUAAAUAAAAUAAAUUCUACAAAAAAUUCUAUCGAAAAAAUGUCUGCUAGAACCCAAAUUGAACAGAAACUUUGCUCUAGAGGCGUAGAAUUCAUUAAUUGGUAA